GCUCCUCGGAGGUCACAUGAUCAGAGGAGGCCAAAGGGGGAAACGGUCACGUGGCGGGGGCUGGCUGGGUGAAUGUGCCGGGCGGGCUUGGGGAAGAUCCUGGGCCUCAGGAAGGUAGAGGGAGGGAGGAAGAGAGCUUGGAGCCGAGCGCGGGUGCUUUGCCGUUGGGCGCAGCCGGCCAGGGGGUUAGCUGGGUCCUCCCGGGGUAAAAGGUAGGGGCUCUCUCCAUCCAGGCCCUUCGGGCGAGGUGGGCUUUUCUUGGGAGGGGAUCCCUGGCUGCAUUGGGGAACGCAAGGCUGGGCCCGGAGGACGGUCUCUGGCCGCUGGAAAAGGCCCAGAUUCGUGCUGAAGGCGCUCUUGGCGGCACCGGGGGUCGACAGGCCUAAGGAGGAAACACUGUAGGGGAAGCGAGUGACGACCCCCCCCCGCCCCCGCCCGAAGGAAGAGAGGGGUUAGAUCGGGCCUUUUUGAAAACUCUCUGCACGGGAGAAAAUCUCUUAGCAACGGUUUGGGGGGUGGGAGCCACGUUGGGUGAGCACAAGGAGAGCCCCUAGUGGGAAGAAGACGCUUUUCUAGAAGCAGAAGGGCUUGGUGGCAGGGAAGGAAGGACGCCCGCCUCUGUGCAUGUGCGGGGUGUAGAAGUUUGAUCUGGAUCCUUGGGGUUAUAGCAGGGAAGGGUUGAGUUUUCUGGUGAGGGCACACAGGUAACCACGACAGAGGAGAUUAGGGGAUAGCUCUCUUUAAAAAAAAAAAAAGCUUUUUGCAGGAGUCUGUACAACGUGAGGAUAGUUUAGGGUAGAAGUUCAGAACGUAGCAGGGGGCCAGUAGUGCUGGUGUCUCAUUCUUCCACUGAACUGUGGUAGCAUUGCAGGAUUUGGGGAGCACUGCAAAGAUUCUGGGGAUUGUUCUUAGAGAAGACUUUAGCUUGAACUUCUUGUAGGGUGUGUGUGUGUGUGUGCGCGCACCUGGUCUUGUACUGUUUAGGAAUAAGCCACUAAUUCGUAGUGCAGGAGAAGUGUCAGAGAAUCCCCUGUUUCUCAAAAGAGGGUUAGAACCAGAUCACAGUCAAGUCUGUGGGGAUAAGGAGUACCUUUCACAUUCUUGAGGCUCCUCUGCUGUUGGUGACCUACAUCCAAGACCAACUAGAGGCCAUGCAGAAAGAGGAACUGGGCAUGGAUGAAAACCGUAACCCAGAGGAGGAGCUGCGACUCCUGGGAGGAAAGAAGGAGAAAUGCCACAAUCUCAGCAAUCGCAUCCGCACAGGGUCAUGGGAGUCCAAUGGGUACACUGCACCCUCAGAGAUCGCUGACGAGCCCAGUGUUCCCUUGAGCCCUUCCAACAGCCUUAACAUCCGCAAUCUCCAGCUGUCUGAGCGGGACCCUCCAGUUCCCCACCACCCUUCCCACCGCUACCCCCGCCGCUACUACCAUGCCCGGCCCUUCCAUCCUGUUGCCUACCACAAGACCUACCGCGGCAACCCCUCAGACCGCAAGGAAUGGGGGCCCAGCACCAAUGGCCACCACUGUGCUCCGGAGGGUGUUUCCAAUGGGCGCUGGCAGCACCGCCGCCGUGGCUAUUCCGACCCACCCUCCCCGUCAUCUUCUCCUGAAUCGGAACGUGACAGCUCGGUCAAAGCCAGCGAGAAGCCUGCUGCUACAUCAAAUGCCACCACUGCAGCCACCGAGGAUUCUGGGAAGGAAACGUGGUCACUCUUCCGGCCCCUUCCUGCUUUCCCUGUCGAUAGCAGCAGCGCCCGGAUCAUCCCCAAGAUCUCUUAUGCCAGCAAGCUGAAAGAGAACUUGGAGCAACCAGGGAAAGCCUGCCACGUUCCUGCCUCAGCCGUCCGCACCACCAAUAGCCUCCCCAACUGUGUCUUGGCUCCACCCCCAAGCAGCCCCCCGCCCACCGACAGCACUCGGCGGCAGCACCUGGGAGCCAUCUUUCAAAAUGAGUGGGGCCUGUCCUUUAUCAAUGAGCCGGGAGCUGGGCAUGGAGGAGGCGGAGGGAUGGCACCAGACAAGGCCGUAGAAGAUGCAGAUGCCGGUGCAUGCUGGGAAAAGAUGGAAGCCGAUGACUGGCAGGCCGCAAGAAAUUAUCACCUGGAAGAGUGGAGUCAUAUAUGGGAGCUACACAGUCAAGUUCCUAGCAGUGUGACGAUCUAUACGGACACCUUGGAUGGAAAAGGUUAACGCCAAGGAUUCCUGGGGGAAGCACCGCUAAGAUGGGGGUGGGGCACAAGGGGAGAGUCGAAGCACCCACCCCACCCCCCUUGAAGACUGGAGAAGCCCAGGCAUCUUGAAAGGGGAAGCUACGCCACCUGCCUACCUCCCUUCCUUUGCCCUAAUGCUGUUAUAGCCCAAAUUGUCCUGGGUGGGGCUAUCUCACCUUUUCUCUCUCUUUCUCUUUCUCUGAUUUAAUGCUCUGGUUUUUAAUUUCUUCACAUGGUUUUUAAUUUCUCUGGAUUCCCCUGAAAAUAAAGGCAAAAAAGAAUUUAUUUAAAUUCA